AGAAUAUUUAUUGUUUGAAAAUUUUUUAGGUUUAUCAUAUUCACAAUGAGUGGGCACCUAAGGUUUGUUUAUCAGGAACUUCUGAAAUGGCACUGGCUACUUAUUUUUCUGGAAAGACAUUAGAUGUUAACGAGUUGCCAUUAAAGAUUUGUGCUGUCAGCAGAUGUUUUCGUGCUGAAGCCAAUAAACAUCAAAAAGAAAAAGGAAUAUUUAGGGUUCAUUAUUUCAAUAAAGUUGAAAUGUUUAGUGUAACACCCAAUGAAUCUAGUAAUGAAAGUGAAGAGAUGUUGAAUUAUUUUGUUGAUAUUCAAAGAGAACUAUACUCUGAAUUAGGUCUCCACUUUAAAGUUCUUGAAAUGCCUCCUUGUGAACUUGGUUUGCCAGCUUACCACAAAAUAGAUAUCGAGGCCUGGAUACCUACUCAAAAACUGUAUGGUGAAAUUUCUAGUACUUCUAAUUGCACAGACUACCAAAGCAGAAGACUAAAUAUUACAUAUUCAUCGCCUGGUGGCAAUCAGUCAUUUUGUCAUACCGUUAAUGGAACAGCAUGUGCUAUUCCUAGGCUACUAAUAACUAUACUAGAAAAUUUUCAAAAUCUUGAUGGCAGUAUUACAAUUCCUAUACCACUUAGAAAAUUUAUGAAAAAGAAUGUUAUUAAUGAAAAAUUUAAAGAAGUUUCUUUUUGUAUAAGACCUAUUCCAUGAGAGAAGCAUAACUGAAUGUUGAAAUUUUAAACGUAAAACUAGUAAAUGUAAAAAAUUGUUGUGAUUAUUCCUUUUUAUGAUUGAAUUCAAGUGAAGGAAAUUUUAUUUUUACUUGAUGUUUUUUAUUUACUUUUACCUGAUGUUAUUGACCUGUUUCUGAAACUAAAUACUGUUUAACUUUAGAAAAAUAGGGGGGGGGGGGUAAUUGGCCAUGUUAAUUCUUUGUUACUUAGUAAUUCAAAACAAUUACUUACUGAGAGCAUUUAGCAUUUUUGACUUUUAUAAUUAAAUCCAGUUUCAUUGCUUCAAUUUAAUAUCUUAUUUAAUCAAUCAUGAGUUAUCCUUAUAAAAAUGUGUACAUGGAACCUUAUACCUAGACUGACGACAGGUUGCCCCUAAGGUAUCCUUUGGUAUGUAUGAGGAACUCCAGUUUCAUUAGUAAGACAAAAUGAGGGUAUUUCUACAUAUUUAUAAAAAGAUUUUGGAUGUCUAAUUGAUCUAAGUACAAACAAUCCGGCUCUUUCAGAUUUUUUAGAUGUACAGUAAUUUUGUUUUUCUCAUGUUUAAGUAUUUUCUGUUGAUUGUUCUGACACUAUAACAGCAUGCAUUGGUAAUGUUAAUAAUUCAUAGUACUACAGUUUUACUUUAAUUGUUGGCUAUUUUAUUUAUUUUAUAAAUUUUCCUGCAAAGAUAAUAAAAUAUGCAUAUAUUUAAUUAAAUAUUUAACCAGUUGAUAACAAUGUUUACUUUUAAACAAUAACAAUUUAUUGUGGGAGAUUAUUGAAAAAAGGUAAGAUAUUGUGGAAAAUAAAAUAAGAGCAUUAUUGUAGAAAGACUUAUUUUGUUCAGUUUUGUUAAAUAUUGUACUAUAUUAAGUUUUGAAAAAUUUAUAUUGUUGAUUAAACUCUAUACAUUAUUAUGUUUUUUAUCUGAAACAAAUGAUAAAUAAAAUCUGCUGUCGUUAGCAAUUAUUAUUUUAAUAUUUUUUUAUUUCUUUUUCCAUGUGUAAUGCUGAUAAUUUAAUGUGAAAGGUUUCAUAAUUUUACUUGUAUUGUUAUAAAAAGCAAAGUAUUUCUAUAAUAUUCAAUUAUAAGGGGCUCAUGGG